AUGGACAUGCUUUCUCUGCUAAUGGAUCAUUUCCGAGAAUAUGACAAGUGGCCCUGGCAACGAUUCAGUUCGCUUGAGAGGCAGCUGGGUGAUCACCCGUCGUUCGUUCUUGCCGAGGUACUCUUCAUAUCCCUUUCGUGCUUUGCUUUUCUUCAUGCGGCAUGCGAAUCAAAUCCCAAAGAAGGGCGCCGUUUGAUGCUGAUAUGGUUUGCCACCUUCAUCGUGGGCACAGUCAAUGACUACAUAUUCAUGCUGUUACCGGUGGUGGACAACUUCUGGCAGGCCCAAGGAUUAGUGAUGCUCACUCCACGCAUGCCGCUUUACAUCCCGUGUGUCUACAAUGCUUUUAUGUAUUGGCCAACAGUCUCUGCGGCCAGAGUCUUUUACCACGCCCGCCAGUCUGCAUUGGCAGAGGCAGGCCUGGCAGGCUUGCUGGCCGUGAUAUUCUACGCGCCCUAUGACAUGUGCGGUGCGAGGUUUUUGUGGUGGUCAUGGCAUGAGACAGAUCCGGGUGUUGCACUGCGCUGGUUGGGCGUUCCUGGUGGAAGCACAGCAUGGACGAUCACCUUCACGUUCUGCUUUUCGCUUCUUUUGCGACUGGGGUCUGACUGCGGCUGGAGUCAGACAAAAACCCUGGCACUUGCAUGCUGGUCCACUCCUCUCAUGCUGGUCGUGCUGAACCUUUGCACCGUGAUUGGCUUGGACAGGAUUGGCAUGCCUGGACCACAGACCGUCCUCGCUGCUGCAGUGUGCUGCAUCGCACUUGUCGUAGCAGCACCCAAACUCAAGGCUUGGCCCGAAAGGAAGGCGAAUCCUUUGAAUGGCCCAGAGCAUUGGUCUGUGCGAACUGCUAUGUGCACGUAUUUCAUGACGCUGAUCCUUGUCGGCCUUCUUUUCUCUCCAGAGAAGCAGGUUUCGACAGGUGUCCAUCAGCAAUUCGGUCCCUGUGACGCAACAGACGUUGAUCUUAUGGGCUACGAAAGAAAGCGAUACAUUUGCAGAGACCGCUUUCCAAGCGCGUAUUUCCAUUUCAACUGUACUGCAAGCUUGGAGGCUUCUGGCAGAUGGGCGCGUGUUGCACCUGAGGAGGGUAUGAGAGAUGGCGUGAGCUCCUGGUACACCAUCUGCGGCCAGCCACAUGCCGACUUCCGCAGCUGGCUAGGCGGCUUGCUGCUGCUUUGCGCUGCAGGAACGCUCUUGUUCGUCUUGGCGAUGUCUAGCAAGGUCUCCCCCGAUGAGGUUCCCGCACUGUCAACAUCGGAAAGCCAAAUGACGCAGGAGGCAGCAGCUGAAAAGCUACGACAGAGGUCGCGGACAUCUACUCCUCGCAAAGGCAAAUGA